GUUACAGUUAGUCACUGUAAAAUCACGAGUCCGGAAACUUAUCAUCAAAUUCAUCUGUUUUAUCAUUUAUCUGUCGGUAUUGAAUACUUUUCUUUUUCUAACUUCGAAGACAAGAAAAAGAUUAAUGUCUCAUUGUAAGUGAGAAUUUUAAUGCAUGCUCUGACAGAUAUUAGAGGUUGUUUAACGUCCUGUAUCGAUAACUCUCAUUUGGACCAUUGAAACUUAUCAUAUUCAUGAUAACACCGUGUCUUAAUCGAAAACAGUUGCAACAAGUGUACAUUUUACCGUAUAGUGAAUGGAUGAUAUGAUGGCUCAGGAACACAGACUGUCCUUCCUCCUUUCCCUCAUCAUGUUUAUUUCCAUUGUAUCCAAUGGCUGUGACUGUCAUCCUCAAUCUCUCUGGUCCAUAAGUUCAGGCACUGGAGCAAAAACAUCCAAUGACACAAGAAAAGCCUCUGACAUAGCACCCGAAGUGGCAUCCUAUUCUGAUGUGGCCAAACAAAUCAUUGACUUGGCUGUUUUCGGAGCAGCCAGGAAUCGUUCCUACAGACGGCUUGCAGACUUCACUGAUACAAUAGGGAACCGUGUUAGUGGUUCACAGAACCUAGAGAUGGCUAUCAAAUAUAUGCACAAAGCAAUGACACAAGAUGGGCUGGAUGUACAUCUGGAGCCAGUCAAGAUCCCACACUGGGUAAGAGGGCAGGAGAGUGCCGAAAUGAUUCUACCCAGGGCAAAAAGUCUGGCUAUACUUGGACUGGGCAGCAGUGUUGGAACACCACCUGAAGGUAUUCAGGCUCAGGUAUUGGUGGUUCAGUCAUUUGAUGAACUGAAGCAGAGAGCGAGCGAGGCCACUGGGAAGAUUGUGGUUUUUAACCAGCCUUUUGUCAGCUAUGGAGAGACGGUGGCUUACCGUGCAUUUGGGGCUUCAGAGGCAGCCAAACUGGGAGCUGUAGCUACACUCAUUCGAUCUAUCACUCCUUUUUCAAUAAACAGUCCCCACACAGGUUGGCAGGAUUACCAGGAUGGAGUGAAGCAUAUCCCUACAGCCUGUAUCACAGUGGAAGAUGCGGAGUUAAUGUGGCGUAUUGCACAGAGGGGACAGGCAAUUAUUGUCAAACUCAUUAUGGGAGCUAAGACUCUGCCAGAUGCUGACUCCUUCAACACAGUAGCUGAAAUAAGAGGCUGGCAGCACCCUGAGCAGGUAGUUCUGCUCAGCGGCCAUUUGGACAGCUGGGAUGUGGGCCAGGGUGCGAUGGAUGAUGGAGGUGGAGCUAUGAUUUCUUGGGAAGCCCUGUCACUCAUCAAGGACUUAGGUUUGCGUCCCAGGAGAACCCUGCGAACGGUGCUGUGGACGGCUGAAGAGCAAGGUGGAGUUGGAGCACAACAGUAUUUUAAUCUGCACAAGGUGAACUUGUCAAAUUUUGACCUGGUCAUGGAGUCUGACUUGGGGACGUUCACACCGGUGGCUCUUCAGUUUACAGGCAGUGAUGCAGCAUGGAAGGUGAUGGAGGAAGUGGUCAAACUGUUGGCUCCCAUUAAUACAACUAAACUGGAGAUGCAUGGAGAAGGAACAGACAUUUCACCUUGGAUGCAGGCAGGAAUACCAGGUGCUAGCCUCCAUGUGGCAGACAGUCGAUAUUUUUGGUUCCACCACAGUGAAGGUGAUACAAUGACUGUUCAGAAUCCUCGGGACAUGGACCUGUGCUCGGCAUUAUGGGCCGUGGUUGCUUAUGUUGUGGCAGACCUGGAGGACAUGCUGCCCAGGUAGUCGGAUCAGUCUCCAGUGAACUGGAUGAUCACUGAACCAUAGCUGUGUUGAUCAAACAUAAUACACUGUUGAUACUUUAACCCUUCAAGACCCAAACAGCUACUGGCAGCCAAAAUUAUCUACUGAUCUAAAAUGUUUAAUAACUUCUGAAUCACUAAACCUAUCAAUAUGUUGAAAUAAUUCAGGUAAAGGUAGUUUUUCAUCUUUUCAUAGUCAUCAAAUAUGACCCAUUUGGGUGCUCAGAGGCUCUGUAGUGGAUGUGGAAACACUGUCAUCUUCUGCAACAGUAAUUCUCCAAUAAAACUUGUGCAGUUUGACAAAUGACAGUGGUUGUAGUUACUUGUUUUUAAGGUCAGUUAAUGACAACUUUGCUGAAAAAGUUAAAUUUUCUUCAGUUUUCUCUGUCUCUGACAACUUUAAUCUGAGCUAUUACAUGAUCAGUAAAUUAAAUACAGGAAAAUAAGUGAUUUUCACUGAAAUAAAUGGAAAAUGAAAAAGAUACUAUUAGAAUAAAUGGUGAUGAAUCGUUUAAGAAAGGUUAAAUAGAAAAAUUUAUUUGGGAACUGCACUGGGUCUUUAUGGGUUAAUUUUGUCAAAGUGAUUGGAAUAAGCUUUUUCAAAAAUCAGUCUCUGAGGUUAAAAUAAAUGAGAACUGACUUGGAAUAAACAAGUGAGUCAUGAUGGCAAAUGAAAAAAAUAAAUGUCUUCCCACAUUUAUUCAUGUAUUGAGGUGAAGGCCUUGAUUAAUUGGUCUACAAUUUUUAGAAAUCAUCUGCCUGAUGUUUUCAAUGUAUAUUAUCAAGUAUUAUUACUCAUAUAUAUUGGUUUAUCUACAUCUAUACUACAGAUUUAUACAUUUUCCACUAGAAAGAACCAGAAAAGUGAAUGUGUUAUUAUGUACAGACAGUGUCCAAGACUGUAUCUUGUAAACUACAACCAACCAACAUUUUGACCUAAUUUUUCUUUAUUAAUGACUCAAACUUUGUAAAGGUUUACUACUUUUAAUCUGCAGGCAUUUUACUUGGAGACCAGUGUUACAGUAUUCAUGAAUACAUCUGAGCACUGCCUUAAAUUUCUGAUGGGAUUAUCUGUAUGUAUCUAAUGUGUUGAAGCUACAGGAUAGCUUAAUUUCUCAGGUACUGUACAAAUGACAUCCUGAAUAUUGUGUGAAAUAUAAUUUUUGACCUGUAGAAGUGUAGAUAGGCUAUUUUUAAGUCAUUAUUAGGAGAUUUUUUUACAGUCCCAAGUUUCCUGUCAAUGUGAAAUAACAAACCAUCUUCAAAAUCAUUGUGAAUGGAUUAUAUCUGACCAUAACGUAUUGAGAAAUUAAGAUAUUGCUUUCGAAUAAAGUCUUAAUCAUUGCA